CAGGUCCAAACAAAGAAGCGCGUCAAACUUUCCAAACGUUUCAAGUGUCCGUUUUGUGCCAACGAAGAUACCGUAGAAUGUAAAAUGGAUUUUCGCGCCGGGGUUGGAUCCUUAAAUUGUCGGCUGUGCGCUGCUGCCUAUCAGAUGCCAAUUCAUCAUCUGCACGAACCCAUUGACGUUUUCUCAGAGUGGCUGGACGACUGUGAGGCCGCCGCGAAUCCGGGGCGUCAG